AUGGAGGGUCUCCCGGAUGAGGAGCGCCCUGAGGAACACACCGGCAAAUACACAGACGUUCCCACAGAGGCCAGCGACGAGGAAUCGAUAACAGAAAACGCUGAAAGUCCAUCUGAGGCACCUGUCGAGGAACAAGCUGAAAAUCGUCCAUAUAUACAGACAGAGAAACAGUCCGAGAUACAAGCUGAUGAACGCGCCAACAGUCCACCCGAGAAACCCGUAGACGAGUACAUCGAUAGUCUCCCUGAAAAACCCGUCGAGGAAUACGCCGAAAGUCCCCCCGAUAUACCCGCUGAAGAAUACGACGGAAGUCCUUCACAUAUAGUUCUCGAUGAAGACAUUGGGGAAGGCAAAGGACGAGUAACCGAACAUCGAGAGAAGAAAUGGAUCAAACCAGUGUUAAAGAAACCUAAUAAUAAAAGAGAGUCGAUCAAAUUGAAUGUACGUGUUAUAUCUCCGGGAUUUGAGAAAGAGGAGGAUUUUGAAAUUCCACAAAAAGUGUACCGCGAACCGAACAAGACUGUCGUGAACACAAGGUGGGCUUCUAGUGAACGGUCUGGGUUACGGUCACGUGAGAGUAAAAGUCAACAGCGGUCUCGGCCCAAUAGACGACAUACGGUUUCUUUUCCAAACGCGCCUUUGUCACACUACAAUGAACUGAAAGACAGCAAAGUUCGCGACGUGGAUUAUUCAGAAGAUGUAGAUAAAAGCGCUGAAAUUGUCACCUCGAAAGAAGAUGCCACGACCCCGAAAUUCGAGAGGAAACUUCAACGAAAUAGCAUACAUUCUCUUCAUUAUACUCCGAGAUUACCUAAACCAUAUAGGAAGAUUUCUCGCUCCAAUACUAUAACAGACUUUUCGUUAGGGAAUAUUGACUUCAAAAAGUUUCAUGAAGAUAAUGUGAAACGCAGGCAUGCGGAGUUGUCAAUGAAAGAACGCAGCCACACAGUGCCUUUUGAACUACCCUCAAGACCUUCUAUGUGGAACCAUAUGAGUUCAAUACUUCUAAAGGACAAGGAUCCAUUCCUCUUUGAAAAAGGCUCAUUGGAUGAUAUUAGGGCGUCUCUUUCAGCAGCAAGGAAGAAGAGUGUUUCUCAAUCAGGUUUUUGGCAGCUGGCGUCUGCGUCUGUUUAUGAGUUUAAAGCCAAUAAAUCUCACGAAUUCAGUGACGUAGCUAUGGCAUUAUUCACCAAACAGAAAGCUGUGGAAAAAAUGCGAAAUAAAAUAGAAAAAAAGAUGGACCUUCCGGAGGGAAGAUUUGCACGGAUAGCUGCUUUGAGACAAAAAAUGGAGUCAAUUGAGAGGAGAUUUAGGUCAAUGAAAUUAAUCAAUUCAUCUUCUAAAACUACAGAUGAUAAGAUUGACGACUUUGACGAAGAAGAAUUUCGUCAGCCUAAAUUUUCAAAGCCAGGCGAGGCUAUGGGGUUCUUCCGCAAGUGUACCCGGAUGAUCAUGAUCGUUCUCAAGUGGAUUGACCUAAUCAUGGAUGACCAAAACCGGUUGGAGAAAGAACUGAAGUCAUUUGUGGACAUAGCUAAUGAAGUUGAAGCAUCUACUGUGUCACAAUCCAUGCUGGACAGUGGACUCUCAUUUGACAAGAAUAUGUUUAAAGCGAAAAGGGAGAUUUCCUUGACUGCAGAUCACAGAAAGACCCUCACCACCAGGUGGAAUUUUCGUAGCCCUGAAAUGAUUCAACAGGUGAUGCACGGUCUUCAGGCACUGCGAUCACUGUCCGAAUAUCCACUACACACACAGGAAAAGCUGUGCAAGGUGGCGUGGUACCAAACGAUAGGUCCGAAAAAAGCCAUUGUCAGACAAGGCCACAAGGCUGAAUCUUUCUACUUUAUUCUGUCAGGUGUUGCAUACGUGAAAAAAAUGAUUUAUGAUGAGAAGACAAGAGAAACGCGUGUUAACACCAUGGCGAGGCUGACAAAAGGGAUGAGUUUUGGGUUCUCUUGGGAGGACGGGGAAAUCGGCCUGAUUUUCAACACAUUACGGACAGCUACUGUAGAGAGCGCUUCACCAAUGGAACUUCUCGUGAUUGGCAAAGAAGAUUUUAACAGAAUAUUUAUGAAGGCAGAAAACCCAGACGAGGAAGCCGAACACGUUCAGUUCCUUCGACAAGUGCCAUUGAUGCAGACAUGGCCGAUUGAGAAGCUAGAGAACGAACCAGGGUCAUGUCUACUGCAUUUUUUCAAAAGAGGGACUCUGAUAACUGAAGACGGUAAAGCCAGUGAAUGGUUGUAUUUCAUCAAGUCUGGCUCAUGUGAAGUUCUUAAAAAGCUCAGAUCGACUAAGGCUAAGAAAGCUGGUCAAGUUCAAAGAAAACUGGACCCCAUGUGUGACGUCAUAUUGCCCGAGUUGGGUAAUACGCCUUCUCCAAGAGUAAAUACGGGUCAAACGAAGAAGAGAAGGGAGUUUGUGAUGUCACCAGAAGUAUAUGAUGAUAUGUCUAGAUAUUACGAUCAGCUCAAAAAGAAAAUUAUUGGGGAACGAGUCAAAGAAAAGGCUAGGCUGGAUAGGCUGGAUGUACCAACUCCAGACCCAGAGAGGGUCAGAUUGACUCUCCCUCGCCUCACCAGUACCAACACCACAGGUCACAUGGUGACGUUACGUGAGGAGGAAGAGGAGGAAGGAGAAAGUCGCGUACCUAGCGGGUUUUCCAGUGUCAAAAGCUUUGAUUUAAGGAUACCCCCAUACAAGUCCACCAAGCCCGAGAAUUCCCCGGAAAUAUCUCAAAGUCCAAUGGACAAAUAUGCCAAAAUCACUCUUGGCAAAUUGUCAGCACAUUUUAUGUUUCCGACAGUGGAUAAACUCCAGUCGAUGAAGCCUUCCCCACGAGACAGUCCGGAGUUUAAAGAACAGCUGACCAGCCGACGGGAAAACGUCUUCGUUAUGAUAGAACUGUUACAUCCUAAAGACACCUUCGGAAUCAACACUUUGACUGGCUGGGGGAGUGAUGACAUCGACGAUAUGUUGAACGAUUCCCCUCCCACAGCUUUGGUGAGCAAUGGUGCGGAAGUGGUCAUGUUAUCGAAAAAGGUGUUCCUGAAGUACAUGAACGACGAUGUCAGAUGUAUGCUUAGGGAAAACGUGCGUGCUUAUCCGAAAGAGACUGUAAUGCAGGACAACUUACAGCGAAAGCUGGACUGGGAUGAAUAUAGAUCUUCAGUAAUCAAAGACUGGGUCUCUACUCGUACAAUACUACGAGAAAUCAGUGCUAUAGUGUGA